AUGGCUACUCCCGGCACCCCGGUCCUGGACUCGAAUGUCGCGCCCGUGUACCUGAUACCUUGCUCGAUUCUGGCGGCUCUUGCGUUAAGUCUUUGCACGGCGAGGAUAUGGACGCGUCUAUCUCGAACAAAUCAUAUGGGUCUGGAUGACUAUCUCAUCGUCAUCGCAGAGGUCCUCUCAUUCUCCAACAUGUUCAUCGUCGGAGCAUCCACCUCCUAUGGAUGGGGUCAUCCAUACCUCGCCCUCACACCCUCCCAAUACACGCAGAUAAUGAAACUGCAAUUUGCAAAUCAGACCAUUUGGGUCAUCACCAUUGCCAUGGUCCGGAUAUCAGUGGCAUGUUCACUCCUACGAUUCGGGAUGGAGUGGAAAUGGAGGGUUCCAUUGUAUACAUUGAUCACUUUCCAGUUGCUCACAUCCUUUGGUUGGCUCAUCGUCCAAUUCUUCCAAUGUCGUCCGUUGCGCUCGUUUUGGGAUAUCGUCCCCGAUGCGAAAUGUUGGCCUGUUAAAGCUAUCAUCGAUUAUGGCUGGUUUUCUUCCGCCUUCUACACAACCAUGGACCUUAUCCUCGCCCUCAUGCCGAUAAAACUCGUCCGCUCUCUCAACCGCCCGCUUUCUGAAAAAAUCCUCAUCGGCUGCCUCAUGGCCACCGGCCUCCUCGCCACGGGCAUUGCGGGCGCCAAAAUGACAACCUUUAAUUCCCUCGGCCAAGGCGACCCUAUGCAAGCCACCGUCAAACCCUCCAUGUGGGCCAAGCUCGAAGAACUCGUCGGUAUUAUCGCGGCAUGCAUGCCAUGUCUAAAAUCGCCCGCGCAGAACCUGCUACGACGACUCGGCUUAUUUUCAGGGGAUGGAAUGGGUAGUCGCCCCAGUUUUGUGAAGACAUUGAGUUUAAAAGAGGUUGGGAAAGCGGGAGGAAGGGAUGAUGGGAGCGAAGAAGAUGUAGAUCGAAUCGGGAAGGCAGAGAUAAGGAUUGAUUCUGUUUCUGUGGCUGCGCGAUUGGGGGAUGAGAGGGGGGAUUUAACGGCGAAUACGAGUGUGCAGGGGGAUGCGCAGAGUCGGAAACAAGGCUGGGAGGCUGUGUGAGGAUAGAUGCAUUCCAUUUGGAUUCUGAUUGAGCAUGUGGGUCGGGGUUCUGAUGUUUGUGGUUUGGGUUUUGGGUGCAUCUUGCAAUUGCAUGGUUAAUGAAGCGAGCGAGCGAGUGAGUGAGCGUUUUGGUGCAUUUCUGGG